GAAGCAGCCACAAAGGCCGAGUCAAACAAAGACAACAUUCUAUGGCUAGUAGCUAAAUAGUUUUCCUUCAAAACGAAAAAAAAUCUCUCUGAUGCUUUAGAGAGAGGGAUAGAGAGAGAGAAAAUCUCCGAGAAAUGCGGUCCAUACCUUUGGGAAUUGCAGUGUCCCCUACCUCCAUAAACAACAAACUUAAUUUUAAUUUCAAGAAACAGCAAAAGCAGCAGCAGCAGCAGCAGCAGCAGCAACAACAGUCCUUCUUUAACUGUUCUUCUUGUAGGGUUUCUCAUGAACCCUCUCUCUCCCCUCUCUCCAAAUCAGGAGUAUGCCGAGCGAGUCAAGUGGUUGAAUUAUUCCCUACUGUGUCUCCCGAGAUUGUUGUGAGGGAGGCAAGGCUAGAGGAUUGUUGGGAAGUGGCAGAGACGCACUGCAGCUCCUUCUUCCCUGACUAUUCUUUCCCCCUGGAUUUUGUGUUGAGGAUUGACAGGCUGGUGGGGAUGUUAUCAGGAUUCUCUAUACCAAAUGGUUGCAAGAGAACUUGUCUGGUUGCUGUCGUUGGUAACUCAGGUGAUGUGUCUUUCUGCUUUGGAAGUGAAGAUUUCAAAAUUGGAGGUUUUGAUGGGAAAUUCAGUCUCAAUAGAGGAUAUGUUACUGGAAUAUUGACUGUGGAUACAGUGGCUGAUUUUCUUCCAAGAAAAGGCCCACUUCGGCAAAGAAGGACUGGAAUUGCAUAUAUAUCAAACGUUGCAGUUCGGGAGAGAUAUCGACGGAAGGGGAUAGCUAAGAGACUUAUAGCAAAAGCAGAGGCUCAGGCCAGGAGCUGGGGCUGUCGCGCCAUUGCAUUGCAUUGUGAUCUGAACAAUCCUGGGGCUACAAAACUAUACAAAGGCCAAGGUUUCAAAUGUAUUAAGGUACCAGAAGGAGCAAACUGGCCCCAGCCGAGGACCUCUCCAGAUAUGAAAUUCAACUUCAUGAUGAAGCUUCUGAAAACCCCAACAACCACUUAGAAUUUUUUGAUCUGAAAAUGUAAAAAAAAAAAAUUUGUACGUAGAAGGUGAAAGUAAGACAACUGGGAUUACCACUUGUAUGUAUAUUAACUUAUAAAGGUCUGACACAGUCUUAGUUUUACUGUACUUGUGAUGGCUGUAAUAUUUUGUAUCUCUCUGUUUAUAUGAUAGAUGACAAUUUUUUUGUAAAGCUUCUGCUACCCAGUUCAGAAAAAAGAUUAUUUACAUUA